AUGGACGAAGAAACAGCCAGUGAAUUGACCAAACAACAAAAAGGAGGUCGCGAGGCAUUCCUCGUUCAGCAAAGGGAAAUAAUCAAACAUCAUCGGGGACCAUCACAUCACCGUCCUUUAUCUCGUACCCAAUCCAGCCCUCUUGUUACAUUUUCUGUGCCACCUCAAUCAGCCCAAGAUACUGGUCCUAUUACCUAUAAUUUUACCACAGGUAUUGUUUAUGAUACUAUUAUGUUAAAACAUGCAUGUACAUGUGGUAAUGAUGAUAAUCAUUUAGAACAUGCGGGUAGAAUACGCAGUAUAUGGAGUCAAUUAGAGGAACAUGGAUUGGUGGGACGCUGUGAGAGCGUACGCUCAAGAAAAGCCACAUUAGAAGAACUACGAAGUUGUCACACUGAAUCUUACACAUCACUUUAUGGUACCAAUCCUCUCAAUAGACAGAAAUUAUUAGAAUCAUCACCUAUGAGAUUUUGUUUGUUGCCAUGUGGAGGAGUAGGUGUAGACUCAGAUACAGUCUGGCAUGAUUUACACACUUCUACAGCUGCCAGAAUUGCUGCAGGUUCAGUAACAGAGUUAGCUUGUCGAGUUGCCGUAGGUGAACUCAAGAAUGGUUUAGCUAUAGUUCGACCUCCUGGCCACCAUGCUGAAGCUCAUCAACCCAUGGGGUUUUGUUAUUUUAACUCAAUAGCUAUAGCUGCCAAACAGUUGAAGGAGAAAUGUAAUACACAAAAAGUUCUUAUUGUAGAUUGGGAUGUUCACCAUGGAAACGGGACACAACAAAUGUUUUAUGAUAAUCCACAUGUCUUAUACAUAUCAAUUCAUCGUCAUGACAAUGGACAUUUUUUCCCUGGUACUGGUGCUCCAGAUGAAUGUGGAGCUGACAGUGGGCAGGGAUUUAAUGUGAAUAUCGCAUUUGGUGGUAGUUUGAAUCCACCAAUGAGAGAUGCUGAAUAUCUGGCAGCUUUUAGGACUGUGGUGAUGCCAAUAGCUCGUGAAUUCCGACCAGAAAUAGUGUUAGUUUCUGCAGGUUUUGAUGCUGGAAAAGGUCACCCUCCACCUCUUGGGGGUUAUGAAGUUAGCCCAAAUUGUUUUGGCUACAUGACACGAGAGUUGAUGUCACUAGCAGGAGGGAAAAUUGUAUUAUGUCUAGAAGGGGGUUAUGAUAUUUCCAGUAUCUGUGCAUCAUCUAUAGCCUGUGUCAAGGCUUUACUUGGAGAUGAGGUGAGCCAUUUUGUUCGUGCUCUUGACUUUCAGAAUUCUUUUGAACACUGUAUUUUGUUUUGCGGUAGAAAUAACCCAACUUUAUUAAAUCAAUCAUUUUAA